GGGCGCGCAGGGAGGCGGCGAGCGUGUGCGGAGCGGCCGGAAUCGAGGACUGUGUGUGCGUGCGCGCGAGUGUGCCUGUGUUCCUGCGUGUUUUUCCUUCUCCCUGGAGGAUGUGAAGGGCUUCGCAGCUCGCGGUUCUCUUAGGAUUCUUGACUUUUCGGAGCUCUGGGCUAUGAGCACAACCCACCCACAUAAUCCAUUUUGUAAGAUCGGUUUACAUCUGGAGUAAAAAGCGCAACUGGACGGGGGUGGGGCCGAUAAACGAAACCUUCUGGAAAUACGCACACACUGAUACCAGAAAGAAACAAUGAAAGAUCUAGGAAGAUUUUCAUAACCUUCCAGCGGGUCCUUCCAUUUUUUUCCGAAGGAUUCUGGAUUUUUUUUUCUGCCUUUCGAAGUCAUCUUGGCAUUUAUUUUUUGUAAGCUGUUCUCCAGAUACGUGUGUGUGUGCGCGCGCGCGUGCGCGCCUAUCUGAUGCAUUUGACUGUCUUUUAUCCAACUGCCCAGAAGCAAAUGUGUUAACUCGUCUUGCCCUCCGUGCUCAGGUUCUCCAGGGCGGAGGACUCUCAGACCCAUUUUCCCUGCUGGAUUCGGAGCGGCUACCUGGCUGUGGACCUAUGUGUGUGGAUCCUUUUACCCAGAGGCUUGGAAAGCGCCGGUAUUAACCUGCUUCCAGGUACAUCACAAGGUCAACAGAGGGUCCCGCAGCCCUCUUGUCUCUGUGCAUCCAGACCUUCCUGUCUUGGCCAGAAGGAUAUUUACGUUUUGGACCCCGUCAUUUGAAGCCAAAAGUUUAGCCCUUCCUGCUGGCUCUGAUCUCUGGUCAAACAAGGUAACAAGGAUAGCUUUUAAAACUGCUUAACGAAAUCCCCGGCUCCUCCUCAACCUUUCCUCGGCUCCCUCCUCCCCGUCAAAAUGUCACCAGCUCUUGAAUUAUGUGGAUUUGGGUUGGAGGAGAACUUGAAGGAAACAUGAUCUACCGCCGAUGGCUAAGUCAGACCACUCUCUCUGCUGCCCUUGGUCCGGUGGGCAUCCAAGCCGAUCGUGAGAAGGGCCUGUCCCCUCCUUGUUGCCUCCUCCCCGUGUUGUGCUGGGUGUGCGUGUGCAAGUGUGAAUGCGAGUGCGCGCGCGCCUUGGUGCGAGUGUGUGUGUGCUUCUGAGUGUGUGUGUGUCUGAGUGUGCGUGAGCGGCCGCCCUGUCUCUGCCCGCUCCCUGGGCGCAGAAACGUGGGUUUCAUGGGGCGAUCGCCGCGGAUUCCCCACCCAGCGCGACCUGCAGGCAGCGGCAUCAGUGGCAGAAGCCAUCUCUCGGACUCCCUAGGAUGCAGGUGCUGAGCUAUGGCAAAGGGCAGCUGAAGUGAGGAGAGAGACCCCGUCGGACUGUGAAAGCCACCUGGAGCCACCUUGCCGGAAUCGUACCUGCGGGCAGAAAGUCCUCCUACUACGGGCUUUUCCUCUAGAGGCACCAGAGUCCCGGUAACCAUUCAGCCAGGUGUCGGGAAGCCAUGCGGUAGCGAGCACCCUUACCUCUGACACCACCCUCAGAUUCAGUUUUGGAGAUGCUCUCACCCUGUCCGUCUUCUGCAGCAGCCAGGCAGAGUGCCGACUCCUUCACAGCAGUGAGGAACUCUUCAGGCUCCAGAAGCCCUUAAAUCUGAUCUACAAUGGAAAAAUUCCUUUUUUAUCUGUUUUUCAUUGGCAUAGCAGUGAGAGCUCAGAUCUGUCCAAAGCGCUGUGUCUGUCAGAUUCUGUCUCCUAAUCUUGCCACCCUUUGUGCCAAGAAAGGGCUUUUAUUUGUCCCACCAAACAUUGACAGAAGAACUGUGGAACUGCGCUUGGCAGACAAUUUUGUUACAAAUAUUAAGAGGAAAGAUUUUGCCAAUAUGACCAGCUUGGUGGACCUGACUCUAUCCAGGAAUACAAUAAGUUUUAUUACACCGCAUGCUUUUGCUGACUUACGAAAUCUGAGGGCAUUGCAUUUGAAUAGCAACAGAUUGACUAAAAUUACAAAUGAUAUGUUCAGUGGGCUUUCCAAUCUCCACCAUUUGAUACUGAACAACAAUCAGCUGACUUUAAUUUCAUCUACAGCAUUUGAUGAUGUCUUUGCCCUUGAGGAGCUGGAUCUGUCCUAUAAUAAUUUAGAAACAAUUCCUUGGGAUGCUGUGGAGAAGAUGGUUAGCUUGCACACCCUUAGUUUGGAUCACAAUAUGAUUGAUAACAUUCCUAAGGGGACUUUCUCCCACUUGCACAAGAUGACUCGGCUAGACGUAACAUCAAAUAAAUUGCAGAAGCUACCGCCUGACCCUCUCUUUCAGCGAGCUCAGGUACUCGUGACCUCAGGAAUCAUAAACCCGUCUACUUUUGCAUUAAGCUUUGGUGGAAACCCUUUGCAUUGCAAUUGUGAAUUGUUGUGGUUGAGGCGUCUGUCCAGAGAAGACGACCUAGAGACCUGUGCUUCUCCAGCGCUUUUAACUGGUCGCUAUUUUUGGUCAAUUCCCGAGGAAGAGUUUCUGUGUGAGCCUCCUCUCAUUACUCGUCACACACAUGAGAUGAGAGUCCUGGAGGGUCAAAGGGCAACCCUGAGGUGCAAAGCCAGGGGAGACCCCGAACCUGCAAUUCACUGGAUUUCUCCUGAAGGGAAGCUGAUUUCAAAUGCAACAAGAUCUCUGGUGUACGAUAACGGAACACUUGACAUCAUGAUAACAACUGUAAAGGACACAGGUGCUUUUACCUGCAUUGCUUCCAAUCCUGCAGGGGAAGCCACACAAACAGUGGAUCUUCACAUAAUUAAGCUCCCUCACUUACUGAACAGUACAAACCACAUCCAUGAGCCUGACCCUGGUUCUUCAGAUAUUUCAACUUCUACUAAGUCGGGUUCUAAUACAAGCACUAGUAAUGGUGAUACCAAGAUGAGUCAAGAUAAAAUUGUGGUGGCAGAAGCAACAUCGUCUACGGCAUUACUUAAAUUUAAUUUUCAAAGAAAUAUUCCUGGAAUACGUAUGUUUCAAAUCCAGUACAAUGGUACUUACGAUGACACCCUUGUUUACAGAAUGAUACCUCCUACGAGCAAAACUUUUCUUGUCAAUAACCUGGCUGCUGGAACUAUGUAUGACUUGUGUGUCUUGGCAAUAUAUGAUGAUGGCAUCACUUCCCUCACUGCCACAAGAGUGGUGGGCUGCAUCCAGUUUACCACGGAACAGGAUUACGUGCGGUGCCACUUCAUGCAGUCCCAGUUCCUGGGGGGCACCAUGAUUAUUAUUAUCGGUGGGAUCAUUGUAGCAUCCGUGCUGGUUUUCAUCAUCAUUCUAAUGAUCCGGUAUAAGGUUUGUAACAACAAUGGCCAACACAAGGUCACCAAGGUCAGCAAUGUCUACUCGCAAACGAAUGGGGCUCAAAUGCAAGGCUGCAGUGUAACGCUGCCCCAGUCCAUGUCCAAGCAAGCUGUGGGGCAUGAAGAGAAUGCCCCAUGUUGUAAAGUUGCCAGUGACAGUGUGAUACAAUCUUCAGAAGUUUGUUCAAGUCAGGACUCCUCUACCACUACCUCUGCUUUGCCUCCUACCUGGACUUCAAGCACUUCUGCGUCCCAAAAGCAGAAAAGAAAGACAGGCACAAAGCCAGGUACCGAGCCACAGAAUGAAGCUGUCACAAAUGUUGAGUCCCAAAACACUAACAGGAACAACUCAACUGCAUUGCAGUUAGCUCGUCGACCUCCCGAUUCUGUCACAGAGGGGCCCACAUCUAAAAGAGCACAUUCAAAGCCAAAUGCUUUGCUGUCUAAUGUUGACCAGAUUGUCCAGGAAACACAGAGGCUGGAGUUAAUCUGAAGAGCACCACUUCUCUCUCCUAAAAAAAAUGUUGCCACUGAUAUUUUUACUGGAUAAAAUUCAAAAAAAAAAGUUUCAAUUUACAAAGGCUAAUUGUUGAACUGAUGUCCUAGAAGAAGUUGUCCACAGGAGCUGAAGCAGAAGUUUCUGAUGCCGGUGCAACUGGCUCCAUCAGAUCACUGUUCAUCUCUUUUAAAACCAAAUUGUUUUUCUUCUGGUCCACAAUUAUUUUUUUUAAAAAGAAGGAAAGAAAUAAGCCUAUAUUGGGCAUCAAGUUCUGUAUCAAUCCAUGUUACAUUGCCAUCCAUGAUUUAAGACUGUAGAAUCUUGAAUAAUCUAUAUCACUUUAACGAAUAAAUGUUUUACUAUGACA